AUGGACGACUCUCAAUGGGUUUCCAUCCAUAUCCGCGACCGUCUGGCCCAGGGCAAUAUUACCAUCCGAGAGUCGUUCCUCUACGAUUGCUCACGGUCGGGUCUCCCCUUGCUUUUUAGAGGUCAAUUCCAUAGUCCUGAGGAUGAGAAGAAAGCCCUGACCGAGGACGAUAUCGACCAGCUGAUCAUCCCCUCCGAGGGCAUCGGCGAGGUCUGCGCCCGCGGACGGAGAGGGAGCGAAGGAUGGAUGGACUUGUUCGAUGGCGAGAAGAAGAUUUGCGAGCUUCACUGGGACAACCGGACCAAGAGGCCUAGCAACGAGUUUGAGGUCAUCGACGGCGACAAGGACUACAAGAUCGAAUGUAGCGGUUGGAGCCCACAGGCUGGCCCGCUGGGACAUGUUUUCAUUGAUAUUUCUGCUGCCAAGAAGAAGGCGGCGGCGGCGGCGGCGGCGAAGUAG